AUGCCCCUCCCCUUCCUGUCCCCCAUGCCCCUCCCCUUCAUGUCCCCUAUGCCCCUCCCCUUGUCUCCCCCAUGCCCCUCCCCUGGUGAGGAGGGUACUGUGCUGAGUGACUCUGAGGUUCCGCUGGCCAGCGACACGACAGGAGUGGCAGCCACCCAAAUGGAGAGGGAUGAAGGGAGGAGUAGUAAGGGGAAGAAGAGGAGGAAUCGCACCACGUUCAGCAGCCAUCAACUGGAGGAGCUGGAGUCCAUCUUCAGAGGAAACCACUACCCUGAUGUGCACAUGAGGGAACAACUAGCACUGAGAACAGACCUCACUGAAGCACGCGUACAGGUGUGGUUCCAGAACAGACGUGCUAAAUGGCGUAAAAGGGAGCGCUUCUCUCAGGUGCAGCAGCAUCUCUCCAGAGCAUACGAACUCCCCCUGCUGGCCCGCACAGAGAACUACGCACAGAUCCAGAGUCCGGCGUGGAUGGGGGCCAGUAGCGGCGCGUCUCCUGUACCGGGCUGCGUGGUGCCCUGCGAUCAUGUGACCUCUAACUUGACCCCUCAGGGCCAAUCAGGAAUGAGCACCGCGCACAUCAGCCAACCAGCACUGAGUAACACACACAUCAACCAAUCCGGAUUGAGCAUCGCGCACAUCGGCCAACCGGGGGUUUACGGGGGCGGGAUCUCGGGUCACGUGGACCAAUCAGGCUUGGCGAAUGGCUACGAGGUGGGCGUGGAGCCGGGAGACAGGAAGAGUUCGAGCAUCGCUAGUCUACGCAUGAAGGCCAAGGAGCACAGUGCUGCCAUCUCAUGGACAACAUGAAAAUUACACACUCACACACACUC